AGCGCACGUUAGCAUAUUAGCAUUCACACCCAACCAAACAAAGAAACAAACCCCAUCAAUCAAUCAUCUUUCAAUUUCAUUCAAUUUAAUUAAAUUUUCCAAAUGCCUUCUUAUCAUUCCAGAUUCUAGAAAUUUUUAAUUUAUUCUCUCUCUCUUUCUCUCUCUAAAAAUUUACAGAUAUACUCUCUCCCUCGUUCUCUCUCUUCUCAUCACUUCAGUUGGUCUCUGAGUGAUUCUUGGUUUGGUUGUUGAAGUAAGUGGAUUUGGGAGUUUUUCUAUUGUGAGAAACAUUGUGAUUGUUAAGAAAAAAGGAAGGGAAAGAGAGAGGGAUUGUGUUUAACGAUGUCGAGUGGUGGAAAUACACACUGGUGUUAUCAAUGUAGGCAGCCAAUUCGUCCUCGAAACCGAGGCACGGUUUGCCCUAUUUGUGAUGGAGGGUUUGUGCAAGAGUUAGAGGAGUUACGGGGCAGUCCGGGUCCGGGUCCGGUUGGAGUUAAUAGUAGUAAUACAACCACCCCUUACGGAAUUAGAGACGGCCCUAAUCAAAUACAAGGAAUUAUGGAAGCUUUAGACUCGUUAAUGAUCCGGAAUAAUCCCGAGCAAAGAUUAGGGUUAAUCGAAGCUUUAGAGUCUUUCACGGGGCAGAGAAGGAGAUACGGUAUUGAUGCUGAUCGUAACCCUUGGUUGAUUUUUCAAGGCCAAGUUCCCCCCGGAAGGAUGCCAAUGCCUAGAAGUGGUGGGUUCGAGAUGUUUUUUAAUGGAAACCCGGGAAUUGGAUUAAGCCGGGGAAACAAUGGUGAUCUGUUUGUCGGGCCGGGCCUUCACGAGUUGAUUGAGCAGCUAAUGGUUGAUAGGCAAGGCCCGGCACCAGCCCCUAGAUCAGCUAUCGAUGCAUUGCCCGUAAUCAAGAUCACUCGGACCCAUAUCCAGACCGAUUCACAUUGCCCGGUUUGUAAAGAUCAGUUCGAGUUGGGUACAGAAGCAAGGCAAAUGCCUUGUAACCACUUAUAUCACUCUGAUUGCAUUGUCCCGUGGUUGGUCCAGCAUAACUCCUGCCCCGUUUGUCGCCACGAGUUAGGGUCAAGUACUCCGAGUUGCAGACAGAAUUCCAAUUCAAGCAGUGGGAGUAGCAGAAGAAGUUCUAGUAGCAUUAACAACAUCUCGAGAGAGAGAGGAAACAGUGAUCAGAACACAAACAGGAGAAACCCGUUCUCUUUUCUGUGGCCCUUUCGGUCUUCAACAACAACAACCAGUAGUACCAGCAACCGUGAGUAUGUUUCACCACCGAAUGUGAGCAAUCCAACAACAACAACAACAACGACAACAACAACAACUCACGGAGGAGAGAAUCACGAGUUUCAUGAGAUGAAUUACAGCGGUUGGCCUUUCGAAUACUAGGUUAAUAUAUGUAUGUUUGUUCAUUACUUUACUGUCUUUUGGUUGAUUGCAUGCUUUUGGGAUCAAUUUGGCUGUUCUAAGUCUGAAUUGAAAUUUUCAGUAAAUAUGUUGAAAUUGGAACAGAAGUUGUCCUAGACAAAUGACUUUGUUUUUGGUUCAUGAUCUCCAAGAACUUUACAGGUCUAUCUACCUUUAUUUUUCCUUUUUUUUUUCUUUUUUUCCCUCUAAAUAUUUUCUAUUUUAAGGGUUAAUUGCCUCAUGUAGAUAUGUACUUCAUUAUUCAGCUUCUUUUUGCUGGUGUCAAUAGUUUCUGCAAUUUUCUC